AUGAAGCCGGAGCCCGCGGCGAUCACGACGUCGUCCUGGGCGAAGCUCGUCGGCUGCGUCGUCCUCGACCUGCUCGGCGACACGAGCGAGCUCAUCCCCUUCCUCGGCGAGUUCACGGACAUCGCGUACGCGCCCGUCGAGGCGAGCGUGCUCAAGGCGCUCUUCCAGUCGAACACGAUCGCGGCCUUCGGCUUCGUCGAGGAGAUCCUGCCCUUCACGGACGUCAUCCCGACCUUCACGCUGAGCUGGUGCCUCGCGACGCUCUGGCCGACGACGCCCCUCGCGAAGCGGCUCCUCCCGGAGGCCGCGGCCGCGAACACGAUCGUCCCGUCGUCGAAGUAG